GUUCCCUCUCUGAAACAGCCUACGCAGGGCCUGAAGAAGUCUUAACAUGCUGUGGCUCCUAGUGGUGUUGCUGGGGGUAGGAACGGAGGCAGUAACUCCUGGAAUAAAAAUGAAGAUCACCCAGAAAGGGCUGGAUUAUGGGAAGCAGGUUGGGAUGGAGUUUCUGAAGUCUGCUUUACUGCAGCUGCCCAUCCCAGACUUCCGGGGCUCCUAUUCAGUCCCCCUGGUGGGCCAUGUGGAGUAUGCGGUGACGGGGUUCCAAGUAAAGACUAUAAAUUUGGGGGAGUCUUUGGUUGCAUUCGCUCCCAGCUCAAGGAUCAAACUAUCCAUGGGACCUGCGGAGGCCGAAGUCAACAGUCACUGGUCUGUGAAGGUAUCAUUAAUACAUGACAGUGGAACCCUCAAGCUGAGUGUGGGGGACAUGAUAUUGGUUGUGCUAUUAGACGUGGGCUGGGAUGGCGCUGGACGUCCGGUCGUGAGCCUUGCAGGCUGUAGCUGCCACGUUGGGCACCUGGAUGUCACCUUCCAUGGGGGAGCCAGCUGGCUCUAUAACAUCUUCACUGGAGCCUUGGAGGAUCCCAUUCGACGGGAAUUGGACAGCAAGCUUUGUAAAGAGAUCCAGAAUGCAGUGGAAACUCUAGAACGAACAUUGCAGACCAUCCCAGAAUCCAGCCACAUAAGCUCCCUUGCAGACUUGGACUAUCCUCUGGUGGCAGCACCACUGAUUACAGAGCAAAGCAUUGAACUGGACCUUAAGGGUGAAUUUUACAGCCGGGACGGCCACAAAGAAGCCCCAGUGCCCCCUGUUCCAUUCUCGCUCCGGGAACAGAAUGACCGAAUGCUGCUCUUGGGUGUCUCAGACUUCGUGGCCAAUUCAGCGGCCUUCGUUUACUAUGGGGCAGGGGCGCUGUCCUGGAACCUCACUGAUGACAAGAUACCCAAGAAGUUUCCCAUACAUCUCAACACCAAGAUCUUCAAAGGCCUUGUGCCUGAGCUCCCGAAGAGAUUCCCGGACACGCCUAUGGCCGUGCAGAUCUUUGCUCGACUUCCCCCCAGCCUCCAGACUCAGUCGGGCACUUUGCAGCUUCUAUUGCCUGGGGCAGUGCAGGCCUUCAUUCUGCCCAAUGGAACCUCACCUGUACCCGUCUUCCUAUUACAUGUUGACACCAAAGCCUCAGCCCAGAUCUUUACUUCCGGAAAGAAUAUUGGGGCCUCUCUGAAACUGACUAACUUCAGCCUGACUCUGGCUCAUUCAGCUGUGGGCCCCUUCCCGGUUGACAAGCUAGAGACUCUGCUGAAUGUCACUCUGAAGUCGGCCAUAGUGCCUAGGAUCAACCGAAAACUCAAGGAAGGCUUCCCUCUGCCCACUCUGCCCAAGACCAGCCUUCAAGAUACAGCCAUCAACAUCCAAGAGGGCUUUUUGGUCAUUGCCACAGAUGUCCAAUAUGGAGCCUGAACCAGGCCUGCUGCCUGCUCUGGAAGACCCGUCCCCAACUGGCCUCUGCCUGUGCUUGGUCCCCAUCUACCUUCAGCCGUGCCUGGCCCCCUCCCUCUUUUGUAGGGUGUCUGAUUUCUACAGAAGCCAGCUUCCAGGGCUGGAGGUGGGAGAGGUUGUGGGGGCCUCAGGCUACACUCCAGGCAGCUCAUCUGGAGUUCAUGCCCUCAAGUUAUCUACCAGCUGCUGUUCUUGGGAAUAAACAUCUCACCAAACUG